AUGCCAUUUUCUACGUAUUUGAUUCUCCUGGACCCACGUGCAGGCUCUGCCGCUGUCGCCGCCCUCCACCCCCAGGCCCCAGCGCGCACCCCCCGGCCCUGUGCGCGUGCCCCGGCCGCAUCGUCGGAGGUGGAGAAGACGGCGGUCGUCGGAGCGGCGCCGGCGCAGGCGCCGGAGAGUCCGCCCGCCUCGCGCGCGAGGUGGCGCGGGUACUUGACGACUGUCGCGCCUCCUGCUUCGUCGCGGCCGAGCGGGGCGGGGCCGGCGCGGCUGUCGCGGCCGAGCAGGGCGGGCGAGAGCGGAGCGGAGCGGCAGCGCACGGGGCAAGCGCGGAAUGGCGAGGCCGCGUGCGAGCUCCCUCGCCAGUUCCAGCGGAGGCGGAGCGUGCGAGCUCCCUCGGCAGCGCAGGCGCGCCCCGGGGCCGCGCCGUUCGGGGUCCACGCCCGCGCUCCACCACGCUGUUCGGGGUCCGCGCCCGAGCUCAGCGUCCUCCAUCGCCAGCGCCCCUCCGCCGCGCCGCGCCGCGCCGAGCUCGCCCAUGCGGAGCCCCUCCUCCCAGAUCCGCCCACGCUCGCCGGCGCCGUGGCCUCGCGCUCGCCGGCGCUGCGGACACGCCCGCUCCUCCCUCCGGCGCUCGCGCCCGCCGCGGAGCCCCAGCACGGCGGUAUCAGGCAGCACGGUGGCGCGGAGCGGGGGCGGCGGAGCAGGGGCAGCGGCGCAGAAAUCGUGCAUGUGGAGGUGCCUUGGGUGACCUCGCUCAUGUGGUGCGCCAACCCGUUCGUGUUCUGGAUCCCCAAGUGUCCAAAUCCUCUGUGA